CUUCAUUCUCACCAAUCUAUCUAUCACAACACAACCCUUCACUCACUCCAACUUCACACUCUGAUAUCAAUUCCUCUCUCUCUUACCUCUGCCCCUCUUCUGUUUUUCUCUGUUUUUUCAGUUACCCUUUAAAUACUUGUCCAUCUUUUUCUCCUUCCCUCCAUCAUCCACCUUUUGUUUCCAUCUUUAUUCCCUUCCCAUCACAAAUGGACUGUAACAAUAGCCAGUUAAAGUCAUCCUCUUCAUCCUCAGAGGAACAAAUUGACAUGAUGUUGAUGAUGAUGAUGCAACUCCCUGAAUUCUCUUCACCCAACAACAACAACAACACCAAUGAAUUUCCACCGUCAGAUCAAGACUUCUAUACUUCACCAAAUCCUAACAAUAACACACGCCCUCUUGCAGAUUUAAUCGAUAACCCUCCAAAUCCAUUCCCAUGGUCAUCAUCUUCGUCUUCGUCUUCAUCACUACCCUUACAAACAACAAACAAUAUCUCUUUCACUAACAACAACAACUCCACUACUCCAUUAAUCCUCCAACAACCACCGUUAAUGUUUUCGGAUUCCCACCACACCGUUGCGAAUCCGAAUCAUUACGGUGCAUCUGAGAAGAGAACCUCGAUGGCGGCGAUGAGGGAGAUGAUAUUCCGAAUAGCAGCGAUGCAACCGAUUUACAUAGACCCGGAAUCAGUGAAACCGCCAAAGAGACGGAACGUGAAGAUCUCGAAAGAUCCUCAGAGUAUCGCAGCUAGACACCGAAGAGAAAGAAUAAGCGAGAAGAUAAGAAUACUUCAAAGAAUGGUGCCGGGUGGAACGAAGAUGGAUACUGCAUCAAUGUUGGAUGAAGCUAUUCAUUAUGUGAAAUUCCUCAAGACACAGUUGAAGACAUUGCAGGAACAUGCCAACAAUAACAGACCAGUUGCUGGUGCAGGUUCAGCGAUAGGGUUCCCUGUUUCAUUGCCUAAGCCUUAUCAAGCUCGUAAUGUUGAUCAUUAUGGUGAUUAAUUUUAUUAAUUAAGGUUUAAUUAGCAUGUGUAAGUUUAACUAUUAAACUAUCUACGUGUGAUCAGUUAAUUAAUUAAAUAUGGUACUCUAUUUCAAUGUUUAGUGUUUUAACCUAUUUAGAGUAUUUAGUAUAAUUUGUUAGUAGUACUUUAAUACUAUUUUUAUG